UGAUAAGUGAAGUGAAUACUUGAAUAAUCUUUAUUCUUUAAAUCUUAAGGCAUACGAAUUUACUUUUAAGCCGCCAACAUCGGCACAUCGCAGUUUACAGUCCUAUACUUCAACUAGCCCUCCGUGCUAUAGUUAUAUACUUAAAUAAUAUAUUUUUUCUUUAAAACUAUAAAGUUUACCAAAUAAUUCAAUAUGAGAUUAACAGAUGCGCUCUGGUCAAAACUACCAAGGGGUCAUAUUUUCAAAGGUAAACAUCGUCUGGUCAAACCAGUUACUGGAUUAGAUAUACAUAAAAAACUUAGAGAUCUUCAACGAGAAGAACAAAACAUGUUUUACCUCAGGCACUCAUAUUUGACCAAGGAAGAGUCAUAUGGUCAUUCAAAAGAACAAGGUCGUUUUGAAAAAUGGAUGAGGAAAUGGAAAGUGUUGCAAGCAGAAAAAUUUGGACAACACAAGUCAAUUGAAAAUCACUUAAGUCAUCUUAGGUCAUCAGAUGGAUGGGAAAGUUACUAAGAGCUUUCACAACAAUUAUGAAACAAUUAGAUUUUUUAUAACAUAGUUUGCAUGUUUACUUUAACGUUUGUGAAUGUAUAAAGGAAAAUAAAAUGUAAAAUUAAUUAAUGUGAUUAUAAACAUUUAAAUACAUA